AAAAAGAGUUACAUUGUGAGAAGUAUCCAUUCACUUCAAUACUUAAGAUCUAAGGAUGGCUGCUGUAGCUUACUCCUCCGAUCCUGAUGCCAAAUCUGACUUGCAAAGAAAUCUUGCAGAUUAUCACCCUACCGUUUGGGGCGAAUAUUUCCUUCAAUAUGCUUCAGAAUCUAUGGAACUUGAUAAGAAUAUUGCCGCACGAAUUGAUACAUUAAAAGAUGAAGUGAGAAAGAUGCUUGUUUCAAAAACUGAUAAACCAAUGGCAAAAGUCAACUUAAUUGAUUCAAUAUGUCGUUUGGGUGUGAGCUAUCACUUUGAACAUGAAAUUGAUGAUAUUUUGCAAGAUAUUCACAAGUGCUAUGUUGAAAAUGGAGAAAUAACUCUUGAAGACAACCUUUACUCUCUUGCUGUGCUAUUUAGGGUGUUAAGGCAACAAGGAUUUCAUGUUUUCCCGAACGUGUUCAACAAAUUCAAGGACGAACAAAGAAACUUCAAUGAAAACCUUAUCACGGAUGUUGAGGGGAUGUUAAGCUUGUAUGAAGCAUCACAUAUGAUGAUUCAUGGAGAAGAAAUUUUGGAAGAAGCAUUGAGUUUUACUUCAACUCAUCUCGAGUCCAUUGCCACCGAAUUAAGCCCUUUUCUUGCUACACAAGUCAAAUAUAGCUUAAGGCAAGCUCUACACAAGAACUUGCCAAGGCUAGAGUCACGACGCUACAUUUCAAUCUAUGAGCAAGAUUCAUCCCAUGAUGAAAUUCUACUCACUUUAGCAAAAUUGGAUUUCAAUUUUCUUCAAAGCCUAUAUCAAAAGGAAUUUGGAAACAUUUGCAAAUGGUGGAAGGAGCUGGACUUGGCCAACAAACUACCUUAUGCACGAGAUAGGAUUAUUGAAUGUAGCUUUUGGAUUUUGACUACAUUUUUUGAGCCCAAAUAUUCUCAAGCAAGAAAAAUCAUGACUAAAACAAUCAACCUAUUAUCGGUCAUUGAUGAUACAUAUGAUGCAUAUGGAACGAUUGAUGAACUAGAACUUUUUACCAAGGCAAUUGAAAGGUGGGAUAUUAGAAUGGUAGACGAUCUUCCAGACUACAUGAAAAUUCUUUAUACAACUCUCUUGAUGGUUUACGAAGAAAUAGAGCAAGAAAUGAGCAAAGAAGGAAGGACCUAUACCCUUGGAUACUACAAAAAAGAAGUCAAAAAGGCAGUCCAAGCAUAUAUAACUGAGGCCAGAUGGCUGAAUGAAAACUAUACACCAACAACAGAAGAGUACAUGCGCAUAGCAACAAAAUCAUGUUGUUACACUUUGCUGAUAUUAACUUCUUACAUUGGCAUGGGAGAAACAGCCACAGAGAACAUCUUCAAUUGGAUAACAAAUGAGCCAAAAAUUGCUAAUGCCGCAGCUAAUCUUUGCAGAUUAAUGGAUGAAAUUGUCUCCAGCGAGUUUGAACAAAAAAGAGGACAUGUAUGCUCAUUGUUGGAUUGCUAUAUGAAGCAAUACGGUAUCUCAAGGGAAGCUGCUAUUCUAGAAUGCCAAAAGAGAAGUGCAAUUGCUUGGAAAGAUAUAAAUGAAGAAUGUCUUAGGCCAACUAAAGUUCCAAUGCCUUUUCUCACCCGUGCUCUGAAUCUUUCACGUUUUAUGGAUGUGAUUUACAAAGAUGAAGAUGGCUACACGAAUUCUAAAGGACUAAUGAAGACAUCUAUUAAAGCAGUGCUUAUUGAUCCGGUUCCAUUAUGAGCAUCAAAGUUCUAAUGAAUUAAUGCUUGAAUUUAUGGCGAAUUUGAUAAAAUCGUAUUCACACCAUGAUUUUCUUAAAGCUCCAAACCGUAGCAUUUGCCAAAAUUUAAACAUAAAUUAGUGUUUAUGUGCUUUAUAUUUCUUGUUUGAAUAAAAGAAAAUAUGCAAUGUGUGCAUGUCGUGUGGAAUUUCUUUUUUAGGAAUAAAAUGUAAUUUGGGUUGAAUUUAUAAUUAUAUUGUAAUGCAUAAAGUAUGAUGAUUAGCUUUUUUUAUACAAAAAGUAUCAUUAACUUUAAUUUGAUA